AUGAUGCUGACAAGACGUCUCUCCAGAAGAGUCUCUCCAGAUCAGAAACGUCUCAAACACCAGCAGACAUGUAUAGGGAAGAAACCUCACCACUGCUGCUUUGACUGUGGGGAGGGUUUUGCUAAACAGAAGGAAUUUAUCAUUUACCAUCAGAUUCACCUGGAGAGAAACAGUACUGCUGCUCUCCAGUGUGGGAAGGGUUUUGCUGCAUCUAAAACCUUAAAAUCUCAUCAGAGAAUUCAUACAGGGGAGAGGCCUUACCCCUGCUUUGAUUGUGGGAAGACCUUCAGUCAAUCAGGACACCUGACUACACACCAACGCAUACACACAGGAGAGAAGCCUAAUAGCUGUGAUCAGUGUGGGAUGAGCUUCCGGAAGUCAGGAUACCUGACCAUACACCAACGCAUACAUACAGGAGAGAAGACUUAUAGCUGUGAUCAGUGUGGGAAGAGCUUCAAUCAUUCAGGACUUUUGACUAGACACCAGCGCAUACACAAAGGAGAGAAGCCUUAUAGCUGUGAUCAGUGUGGGAAGAGCUUUGCUCGAGAUUCCACCCUGACUGCACACCAACGCAUACACACAAGAGAGAAGCCUUAUACCUGUGAUCAGUGUGGGAAGAGCUUCAAUCAUUCAGGAUCCCUGAUUACACACCAACGCAUACACACAGGAGAGAAGCCGUACAGCUGUGAUCAGUGUGGAAAGAGCUUCAAUCAUUCAGCACACCUGACUACACACCAACGCAUACACACAGGAGAGAAGCCUUAUAGCUGUGAUCAGUGUGGGAAGAGCUUCAAUUAUUCAGGAUCC